GGAGAGUGUGCCAGUGCCGAGCGUUCCGUGCAGGUCUAUGGGGUGCGAGAAGGACACUGGGAGGCAUCACUGAUCUCCAUGCCGACACAGAGAGCCAAGAAGACAGAUGUGCGCACCCCAGGCACUCCCACCUUUUCUGUCUGUGGGGUGUAUUGGGAGCAGGGACCCCUGUGAGGCGCAGGGAAUGGGUGCCAGCUCGCAGUGAAACCUGAUCACAAAGCCUUAGCUGCAGGGACAUCCCAUUGAGGACUAUGGACCAGACCUACUGUAAGUAAGAGAUCGCUCAUCCAGCUGUUCUAUGGGCACAAUCGCACUGGAGCCAACUGCACCCAUGAGAGUAUGCCCCAUCUUACUUGAAAUCGCAGCGUCUGCAACGAUUUGCUGCUUCUUAUACACAGGCGUUUUGCUCUGCUCAGAAAACUUUUCUUUUCGAUAACAAGAGAGACUGUGGAUUUAUUUAUGGAGAGCCAGGGAUAAUAUAUUUAAUAUACUACAGCACUGUUUAUUUAUACAUAGAUUGCCAGCGGGAGGACUAGAAGCACACAGACAAGACUAGCCAGGAAGCCCAGCUGACAUGAGUCUGGUUGGGGGGUUUCCCCACCACCCGGUGGUGCACCAUGACGGUUAUCCUUUUGCAGCUGCCGCAGCUGCAGCCGCCAGUCGCUGCCACGAAGAGAACCCUUAUUUCCACGGCUGGCUAAUCAGCCACCCCGAGAUGUCUCCCCCCGACUACAGCAUGGCACCGUCCUACAGCCCAGAGUACGCCAAUGGCGCGGCCGGGCUGGACCACUCCCAUUACGGGGGUGUCCCGGGAAGCGGGGCAGGAGGCUUAAUGCAACGGCCUGUAAAGAGAAGGGGAACCGCUAACCGCAAGGAAAGGCGCAGGACUCAGAGCAUCAACAGCGCCUUCGCAGAACUGCGGGAGUGUAUCCCCAAUGUGCCAGCGGAUACUAAGCUCUCAAAGAUCAAAACUCUGCGCCUGGCCACCAGCUACAUUGCCUACCUCAUGGACCUGCUGGCCAAGGACGACCAGAAUGGAGAGACAGAGGCCUUUAAGGCAGAGAUCAAAAAGACAGAUGUGAAGGAGGAGAAAAGGAAGAAAGAACUGAACGAACUUUUGAAAAGCACAGUUUGCAGUAACGAUAAGAAAACCAAAGGCAGGACUGGUUGGCCGCAACAUGUCUGGGCUCUGGAGCUUAAACAGUGACCCUCUGGGACUGCAGGAGAGGAGCCUCUCUAUGUAUCUGUACGUGUCCUAAAAUAAUAACUCUGUAUUUGGAAUGGUCCAUUUUUAUUUAUGUGCAAUUUUCCCAAGGACCCACCCAAUGUGGAUCUCCGCAGAGAAACAUUCCAGAAAGUGAAGAGGAGUCUGCAGGUUGGUACAGGGGCUGUGUCUGUCUGUCGCAGUUUGUGAUUGUUACAGUAAUUUCUCUGUCGCAAAAACAAAAGACUCCCUGGCAUUACUGUGUAUGUGAAGUGUAUCCCUUUCUUACAAAAAAUAAUAAACAAAGUGGCCUCUUUUGGUUAGAGAUCUUCCUCGGAUGCUACAAAAGUCAGUUCCUUCAGAAACAGCUGCGACUUUGUUUCGGUUGCGUUAUUAACCCUUCCCAUGCCGCGGGCAGAAAUACGCACUUUCUUCUUUUUUUCCCGUUUAUAUUUUGCGUUCCUGUGGCGAGAGGAAGGAUUUCAUGUUGCCAGAUCAUUUGGUGACACUGAAACAUUUGAAGGUGUUUUCAUCAAGUUGUUUUUGUGCACUUCUGUCCAGAUAUGUGGAGUUUAAAUAUUUGAAGGUGUAAAAAUGUUGUAAGUGAUCAAUAAACCACUGAGUGUUUUUUUUUAUUUUGUUUA